AUGGCCUGUGCAUAGGACACUUGCGCCCCCCUGUGAUAUGUAUUAAAACAACAGUCCACGUCACUCUGCUCCUCGCAUCGUCCUGACGCGUUCGUUGGAUGACCAGGGUCGCGAGCCAGAGCGAGGCUAUCCUGCAAGGCGUCAACAUUCCACACCAGCUGUAGCGGGAAAGAUGAGCCAGCGAGUAGAACGCCGUGGGAUCCAUGUGGACCAGUCGGAGCUGCUGUGUAAGAAGGGAUGCGGUUACUAUGGCAACGCGGCGUGGCAGGGGCUGUGCUCCAAGUGCUGGCGUGAGGAAUACCAGCGGGCACGACAGAAGCAGAUCCAGGAAGACUGGGCACUGGCUGAGAAGCUACAGAGAGAGGAGGAGGAGGCGGCCUAUGCCAGCAAUCAGGGCAGCCAGUCUCACCCCGCACCCCCCACUCAAGCCCCGCCCACUCUGGGCCCCUUCUCCAAGUUUGAGGAGAAGAAGAGCAACGAGAAAACGCGCAAGGUCACCACCGUCAAGAAGUUCUUCAGCCCCUCCUCACGCACCGCCCCCAAGAGAGAGACUCAUGAGGGGAAAGCGCCGAGCCCUUCCAUCUCGCGGCAGUCCAGCAUCGAGACGGACCGGGUGUCGCGGGACUUUGUGGACUUCCUGAAGAACCUGCAGAAGCCGGGCCGAGAGAUCCACAAGCAGAGCCGUGCCUUCAUCGAGGGCAUGGCCAAUAAGAAGGAUCUCAGUGCUGAUGAGCUGUCGGAGUGUGUGCAGGACUUCUACCAGAACAUGUCGGACCGCCUCAUGACUCAUUUCAAAGGCUCCUCUGAGCGUGUAGAGUGUGUUAUGGAUCAGGUGGAGAAGUACAUCAUGACUCGGCUGUACAAGAACGUCUUCUGCCCUGAAACCACCGACGACGAGAAGAAAGACCUGGCCACUCAGAACCGCAUCAGGGCUCUGCACUGGGUGACCAUUCAGAUGCUGUGUGUACCACUGGACGAGGAAAUACCGGAGGUGUCGGACAGCGUCGUCAAGGCCAUCACAGAUGUGAUCGAGAUGGACUCGAGGCGCGUGCCGCGGGACAAGCUGGCGUGCAUCACCAGCUGCAGUAAGCACAUCUUCAACGCCAUCCGCGUCACCAGGAACGAGCCCGCGUCCGCCGACGACUUCCUGCCCACGCUCAUCUACAUCGUGCUGAAGGCCAACCCGCCGCGCCUGCAGUCCAACAUCCAGUACAUCACCCGCUUCUGCAACCCCAGCAGACUCAUGACCGGAGAGGACGGAUACUACUUCACCAACCUGUGCUGUGCCGUGGCCUUCAUAGAGAAGCUGGAUGCCCAGUCUCUGAACCUGAGCUCUGAGGACUUUGAGCGCUACAUGUCUGGCCAGGCGUCUCCCUGCGGGCCGGAUGCGGGCCGCGGCUGGGCUGGCAGUGGGCCGGCGGGUGCCAGUCCUGGGGUGGUGCAGGCCCAGCGGCAGAUAGAGACGCUCUCGGGCCUUAGCCAGCGGCAGGAGCAGGUGCUGGAGGGUGUGCGUGAGCUGCAGGCGGAGCUUGUGCAGUGGGAGGCGAGCGUGGCGCGGCAGGUGCAGGGCAUCCUGGAGAGGUACCCGCUGGAGCUCCGCCCCCUGCCACCUGCGCCCGCCAUCGACUCCGACAACACGGACGACGACCGCCUGCCCCCGCCACUCACGCCGCAGGUCUUUGCUGGCUAACGCUGCCCUGUGUGUGUGUGUACUUAUGGUAUCCUGCACCUGUGUGCAGCGUGUGUGUGUGUGUGUGUGUGUGUGUGUGUGUGUGUGUUAGCCUGGUACGUGUGGGAGUGUGCAGUGUGUGUAUGAGAGAUCUGUUAUUAUUUA